ACUGGUGAUUAGUCCCGGUCUCGAUCUCGUCGUGCCUCACCACGAGGUCGUAGUGGUACGGGAAGACACUCUCAGGGUUCGUCCAGCCACUCUCGGGGGUCGAGCAGCCACUGUCGGGAUUCUUCAUUUCCCGCUCUGGUUUUUGCUCCCGCUGCUGCACCCCCUCCCGUUGCUGCACCCCCUCCCGCUCCUCCAGUCGUUCCGGGAGUGAUGACUGUUGCCCAGUUGGUUCAACAGCCCGGUCGUGAGCAUCUUUCCUAUCUCAUUCCGUGUCCAAAGGGACGACGUCAAACAUGGUAAUUAAAAGUCUUUUUUUUCCUUUCAUUAAAAUUUGAUUCAAUAUUAAUAAUUUGUUUCUUAUAUUAGGUUCAACCGAUCCGGGAAUGGGAUCAGCGCAUGGAUCAACAAUAUGAUGUACUCAAACCUCAGCAAAGGAUAUCCGACUUUCACUUACUUCCCUGCUGAGGACCAGGAGAUGUGGUUUCGUCAGUUUGCGGUAAGUAUUCUAAUUUUUUAACUUAUAUUUUUAAUCUUUAAUAUAAAAUUUCUACAAAUUGUAUUUUUUUUCAGCAAGAGUUCACCUGGAAUCCCGAUCACACGAACUUUAUCCGUGACACCUUCGUCCAUAAAGUUAUGGACAACUAUGGGAAGCAGAUCUACGAGUGGAAGCAGAAGUGGCUCAUCAACCAGGUUUUUUUAAUUUAUUAAACAAUUUUUUGAAUUUAUUAAACUAUUUUUGGAUUUAUUAAACUAUUUUAUAUUUUUUUAUUAAAAAGUCCCGAAGUCGAUCAACAGCACAGUCUGGGAGGAGUUGUGUGUGCAUUGGGAUAAGGACGAGACGAAAGUUACCUCCGUGACCAACUCCGCCAACCGCAAGAGCGAUCGUGGCGGGAAGGGCAUGUACAAGCACAAUUUGGGUGCCCAGACUAUUGCCACUCUGGGGGAUCGCUUGGCGGAUGAAAAUGAUGGCGAGCCGGUUGAUGAUUUCGUCCUAAUGAAGACGGCGCAUACCAACAAGCACACCGGGGAGAUUGAUGAUGGUGUUGUGAGGGAUGUGCUCAGCCUGAUCGAAACUCAGAAGGAAGACGAAGAGACCCGUCUAUCUCAGCUUCAAACCGACCUGGACGCCACUUCGACGGCUUCGACCAACUUGUCCCGGAUUCGAAUCAACGAAAUCGUUGAAUCGGUAUGUUCUUUAUAAAAAAGUUCAAUUCAUUUAUUUCUUUAUUUUCAUUUUAUCAUCUUUUCUAUUAUUUAAAUUUGUUUAUUUUCUAUUUCAGUCGGUUCAAAAGAAGAAGGGACGUUUGGUCGGUUUGGGUCGUCGAGCCCGGUCUGUUCCUCCUUCUGCACCACAACCCUAUGUUGAUCCAGAAGUGCUUAUGGACCAGUUGAAGGACAAAGAUGACCGCAUAGUUGCGUUGGAGCAAAAGAUGGCGGAUCAAGAGGCGGGAUGGGAGGCAACGAGGAAGCAGAACGAGCAAAUGAUGGAGAUGAUGAAGA